AAUCAGAAUUAAAAUUUGGAUUUAUGUAAGAGCUCAACCUCUUUCACGCUGCACAUUUUGGAAGGUAGUUGAGUUUUCAACGACUCGCUAGAAUAUACAGGCAAGCAGCCCGACUGCCCUGUAGCAGCUUUUCAAGAUGGCAGUUUGUGUUGAAUACAACCGGCCAUUUGGCUUGGAAAAUGAACAGGACGUGCCGUUUUUCUUUCACACUGAAAAAGAUGAUGGAAAUGAUUCAGAGAAUUACAGUUCAACCGUUCCAACUAUGGAUAUUUGGAAGAAGUUCGAACUUUUACCAACACCACCUCGCUCUCCUUCCCGUACAACUUGUCCUUCGCCAAUCCACAUAAACAGUUCCUCCGUGGCUGACACUCUACAAAUAGUUUCCCAGAUACUUGACGAUGAUGAAUCCCCUCCAGUGGUGCAAUCGGACAAGAAUCCUUUGACUAACAGUGCGAAUCUCAAAUCAAAGUUGAUUCAAGACUGUAUGUGGAACAGCCUUGCGUAUGAGUCACUCGAUCUCUGCAAAGCACUUUCCUGCCCCGAUGAUUUAUACGAUACACCUUGCUCGACUCCACCACCGGUUGAAUAUGUCAGCUCAGAUUGUGUAGAUCCAACUACCGUUUUCCCAUACCCGAUGAACGACACUCAAAGCAUUUGCAGUUCGCACUCCAGCGACUCCGAAGAGGAGGAUGAGGAAAUCGACGUAGUAACGAUCGAAAAGCCCAAAAGAAAACUAUCUCUAAGCUCCACGGAAGAACCCCCAUUGAAACGUCUGAAACCUGUUGCUGCCAGAGCUAAAUCGCAUUCGACUCAUACGAAAUUUCGAGAAGUGAAAAAGCAGUCGAGCAGUGGAUCGGACGAGGAAGACAGCGAGAGUAAAAGAGCGACUCACAAUGUUCUUGAGCGGAAACGAAGGAAUGAUCUCAAGACAAGUUUUCAUCAACUGAGAGCAGAGGUGCCAGAGAUCGAAAGCAACGAACGAUCUCCCAAAGUGGUGAUUCUCAAAAAAGCCAAGGACUAUGUCGAACAGCUGAAAAUGGACGAAGCAAGGCUACGAAAAGAAUUGGAGAAAGAAAAUAAAAGAAAUAAAGAGUUAUUAAACAAACUAUCGUCGUUAACACACCAAAAAAUUUGAAAUGGAUGUCUGAAAUCGACAAGUUACCGUACGUAAUUCAGACGUACCGCAAUAUUCUACUAGGACAAUGCUCACUGUAAAUAAUCACAUUCAGAUAUAUAUAUGUGGACUUAAUACAAAGUAAGUAAUAUCUCAGAAAAUAUAUGACUAAAUUCUAACUGAUUAGAAAGCUUUUGAUUACAUUCAGUAAUCGUUGUAAGAUAUUGCCUUCGAUGGACGACUGAUUUGCAUCACAUUGCUACGUGUACUACAAUCAGUUUCAGGAAAAUGCUUCAAGAUCAUAUAUUUUUGCUCCGAUUUCUCUAAAUUUCACUUAAUCCGAUGUAUUUAGGCGUAGAGAAUCGAUGUUAAUUCAGUUAGUUGGUGAUAUAAUUGUAGAACGCAGUCAUUUUCGAUCCAGAAGAUCGUAUGAAUGGAUAUAAUUUACAUAAUUUUGUGAAAGCGCGCGAAAAGACAAUUGUGAUGAAUUUGCAUACAUUUAGCAGCGAGUUACUAAUAAGUCGAUAGAGAUAGAUAAUGUAAGCUCUUUAUUGCUGUAAACUCAUAGAUAUAUCAGGCCCGUAGCUAGGAUUUUUGUUGGGGGGGUGCUAAUUUACAAAAAGUGGACCAACCAUAUACUUUAUUUUUUACUUAGUUUUACGUGAAAAUAUCAUACCAGCCAAAAUCUCACUUGCUUAAAAAGCGGACCUUAAGCUCGCGUGGGGGGUGCGAACGCACCCCCUGCACCCCCCUUAGCUACGGGCCUGUAUAUAAUCAAGGUUUGGACUCGAUUUUGGCUCCAAAUCCGCAAUACUGUAUUUUACUAUGUAAAACGAUGGUAAGCCUAUGGGCUUUGGAAGGAAGUGUAAAAUUCAUAGGGAAUCGAUGUCCCUUAGACCGAGGUCACUGUUUAUCUCGCGUUUGAAAUAACUAGAGAAGAUUUUUCAGCUUAAUAAUAAUUCAAUUUAAAAGGACAUUUAGUGCCUAUUUGGCUUAUCAAAUUUGUGAGCUACGAAUAGAUUGUUUAUUUCCUUCGCUUCUAUUCUUUUGUAUCCUGACUUUAUAAGAAAAAACCAAGGAUAAAAUACAAAGAAAAAAAAUUUCUCUGCUAAUCAGAAUAUUUUGAAUGAUCUGUAGCAGACUUUAAGCAAACGUUGUUAAUGUUGAGAAACUAUCAUGGAUGUGACCAUUUGGACAAUUCUUGGAUGAAAUAAAGAUCCCCAGGUACUGUCUGGUUUUUGUCUCUGCAA